UAAAUGAAUAAAUUAUAGCCCAGUUUUGUAUGCUGCCACAGCUGAAGGUGGUAGUCAUAGCUACCCAACGAAGCAGGGAUAAUUUGCUUUUCUGUAAUGUUUACGACUUACUGUGUCGUAGUAAGUAAGUGGAUGAAAUAGUGUUUAUAGUUCUGUGUGAACUAACGUUUAAUCAGCAAAAGGUCCAUGAAUUUGAUUCUUGUAGUCUUUAAAUUUUUUAGGUCGGUAACUGCUGGAGUUUCCAUCAUGAAUGUAAUUGUUAGCUAAUAUAACAUACAUAAGAAUGAGUGUUUAGAACAAAAGCAUAAGAAACUGUGAAAUGGCAGCAGUAUCAGAAAUCUUCCCAGUGCCCUAUCCUAUGCCACAGAAACAAAAUAUUGUUAAGCCUAAUCCUAGACCGUUGUACUUUCGCUCUGAUACUACCUUGAAAAGAUUUGUGGAAGAAUGUUCCAAAUUCCCUCCUGAGGAUUCUAAUCAACUUCAACGGCUUCAGGAACAGGUCCGAGCUGCUUGGAGUCAACUGGCUUUUCUUCAGGCUGAACAUGCAAAGGUCUUGGAAGGGCUUCACAAAGAAAUUGAUCAGCUGCAGUCACAAUGCAGAGAGCUGCAGUUGAAAUUGGUCGUACAAGAGUCCCCUGCCAUGUGUCAAGUUCUUCAUGAAAGCAAAGUUGAAGCUCUAGAAUCUUCAGUCAGACAAUGGCAAGGGAAAAACAAGGAAUUAGCAGAAGAACUGGAAGUUUCCCUCGAACAUAAUGAUACCCUGCAGCAACAGUUGAAAAUCCAAGAAUCACAGUAUCAUCGAGAAUUGGCAGCUAGAGAUGAAGUGAUUUUAAACCUCCAGAAAGAAUUAGACUUAAAAUGUGGGACUAUUUCCUAUCUAUCAACCCAAUUGCAACAGCUGAAGGAGGGAAGCUUCUUCAAACGUAUCUCUCUAAGAAAAUCUUAUAUUCCAAAAUGUGGUAGCAUUUCUAAGGGAGAAUGGAUGCAUCCAGAAGCAUUUAGUUCUUCUGAUAAAGCAAGUUCAUUUAAAGAAGAAGGUAGCAGAAUGUUUCCUCCAAUACACACAUCCAGUGGAAAGCCUAAGACAAGUACCUAUGGAAGCUUCACCAGAAGAUCCAGUGAAAGCUCAGACAGUUCUUUCAAAGAUUUUUUAGAAGAUGAGCAGAUAUCUAUUGAUAAAUCAAGAAGAGGGAGAAUAUCUCCAUACCAGAGCAGUCUUUGUUUUUCUAGUCCAAAGGUUAUUCGAAAUAGCACAUCCACUAAAUCUUUUGACAUAAAACUGCCUUCUAUAACUCAAUCAAGGCAUGCUAACAGAACUCUUGUUCGCCAGCAAAUUAAGAUUGAUUGAAAAACACCUGUCUUAUCUUUUGAUCUUUCUGACAUCAUUUACCUUCCUGCUUCUAAAACAAGAAAGUUUUAGAAAUAAUUAAUUAGUUUUAAAGUAUCAGGCAUCAUUAAACAGACAAUUGAUAAAAAGUAAUUUUGUUCUUGUACAUAUAUAUUGUGUUUCUAUAGAGAGCAUGCAAAACUAAUCAUAUCUAUUGGUUAUUAAUAUGAUUAUAGUUUAUAAGAUUCUUAGCAUUAGCCAUUUUCUUAUUUUUAGUAAGUACUUCAUAAUGAUUUUACUAUGUUCUGCCUGUUCUUGUGAAUCUGGUAUACAAGUAUAGAAGAAUUUCAAGUAUAAUUAGACUGGGUGUAGCUGUAGAUGUCUAAUACAACCUAUGUGAUAGUAAUAUAUAUAUAUAUAUAUAUAUAAGUUAGUUUAAAAUUGGUUUUCUAGGAAUAUGACCUUGUUGACUUAGGCAAUACAUUGAAAUGAUAUACUCAUUUUACAGAGAAAAACCUUUCAUUUCAUAAGCUUCACAUUCCACCUUUACAGCCCCCCAGUGACUGAGUGGUAAGUCACUAGGCUUAUGAUGCUAAAAAUUGAGCUUCAGUAUCUGUGGUGAGCAGCCUACUGUGUAGCUUUGUGCUUACUGGCAACCAAACCUUUUCAUAUGCAGGUUAGCUAAGUAAUAAUAACCAAAAUAUUGUAUUUGAAUUUGUUUUUAGAUUCUCUUAUCAGUGAGUCAGUUUCCUAUUGGAUGCACGUGUAUGUAUAGUAUUGUUGUUUAAAUCUAAGAACAAACUUUCUUUAGAAUUGUUUGGUCUAAAACAAUGAAUAAAAGUGGUGUAUUUCAUUUUGCAUCUAUUUAUUAUGUGACUGUGUAUAUUGUAAAAUACAAUUUAUACUUUGAUUAUUAUUAUUUAUUUUUACGUUUUACAUCAGUUAAGGAAUACAGGUAUUUUUUAGAUUUUUUUAUAUUUAAAUCAUACUUGUUUUAUUACUGAUGUGCAUAAAAUGCCUAAUAAAUCAAUAAUAUUAUCAAUGCAACUACCAACUUAUGCAAGUAUUCAGCAACUGUAAAAUGGUAAACUAUGGUCAUUGCUAUAAUGCUGUCAGCAACUGUUUUAUUAUUAUAUAAAUAACAGUAAUGUAGUCUCUAGACUUACAAUACUAGAAUUUAGGGUUUGAUUCCCCAUAGUGCAGAUAGCUCAUUGUAUAGCUUUUGCGAUAAAAAAAAAGAAAAACAGGGUGAAACCAACGAAAUAACGUGAUUCUAUUUCAUAAUAAAAAAAAAUUAUACAUUUUUUUAAUGUGCAGGUAUAAGAGGUCAAUAUGCUGUCAAUGUGUAACAGGAUGACUAUAUUUAGCUACUUCAGCAAUUUUUCAGACUUAUAUAUCCCCCUCUGAUUUUUGCUGACAAUUCCGUCUUGUAAAUUAAAUUAAGGUAAUAAAUUCAACUGAAAAUGAA